AUGGUCACGCCACUGUCGCUUGCAGAGGUCAAGUUCCUGUUCAGCAUUGGUGCUCAUCGAUGGGUCUUUCAGACCAUGAUCACGUACGUGCUGCAGUACCCCACGUGGCACUCCGAUGAGACACGACGCCCGUUGAAGGGCGGCUUCAAGGUCACCAACGCUCGCAUCCAAGAGAGCCUGCCGAGGCAGUGCGCCAUCAAGAAGAAGUUCGAGGUGCUCCCAGACAAUGGCUGUCCCUUCAUGCAGCUCUUGAAGCACUGGCAGGUCGUGUUCGAGGAACAUGGCCUCGAAGACAUGUUCACAGCCCCAAAGACUUCCGCGAGACCCGACCACCGCCCCGCCGCUCCACGAGCAGUUGCUGCUGCGUUGACCGAAGAUACGACGCCUUGCGCGCCUGCCUGCAAGGGCAAACAUGCGUCUGACACUCCAGACUCGGUGCAUUCAUAUAACACUGACCUCAUGUUCCCUGACGUGGUCGAGAACAAUGUCGAAGAAGUUGUUCAUCAGACCGAAGACACCAUUGCCGCCUGGCACUCCUUCGCAGCGCGCGAGGGUAAACCUGUGGUCAAGCAUGCAGCAGCAGGUAUCGCAGACAAGGUGGAAGCUGCUGUCGGCUCCGAGAUUGAGGACAAGCCUGCCGUCGGCUCCAUCGAGGACAAGCCUGCCGUCGGCUCCAUCGAGGACAAGCCUGCCGUCGGCUCCAUCGAGGACAAGCCUGCCGUCGGCUCCAUCGAGGAUAAGCCCUGA